UGCGAAACUCUGGUAAAGAAUAAAAAUGUUUUAUAUAAAAUUGAAGCUCUUGCACGAGCGAGUCAUUUGCUGUUGAGUUAGGAGGCCAACACGUUUAAUCUUAAUUGCAUUUCUAAGCUCUCAGUAGUUACACAAGCUUGUUAAAAUGUGUGAUGAUGAUGCAGGUGCCCUCGUCAUCGACAACGGAUCCGGAAUGUGCAAAGCCGGUUUCGCUGGAGAUGACGCCCCAAGAGCUGUGUUCCCUUCUAUUGUUGGCAGACCAAGACAUCAGGGUGUGAUGGUCGGUAUGGGUCAAAAAGAUUCAUAUGUUGGAGACGAAGCUCAAAGUAAAAGAGGUAUCCUGACUUUGAAAUACCCAAUCGAACAUGGAAUCAUUACUAACUGGGAUGAUAUGGAAAAAAUUUGGCAUCAUACAUUCUACAAUGAACUUCGUGUUGCCCCUGAGGAACAUCCUGUUUUGUUGACUGAAGCCCCUCUUAACCCAAAAGCAAAUCGAGAGAAAAUGACUCAAAUUAUGUUUGAAACAUUUAACUCACCAGCUAUGUACGUUGCGAUUCAAGCUGUUCUCUCCCUGUACGCUUCCGGCAGAACAACUGGUAUCGUCCUGGAUUCUGGUGAUGGCGUUUCACACACUGUACCCAUCUAUGAAGGUUUUGCCUUGCCACAUGCUAUUCUCCGUUUGGAUUUAGCUGGCCGAGAUUUAACUGAUUAUUUGAUGAAGAUUCUAACUGAAAGGGGUUACUCAUUUACUACAACAGCUGAGCGUGAAAUCGUUCGUGAUAUCAAGGAAAAAUUGUGUUAUGUAGCAUUGGACUUCGAACAGGAAAUGGCAACAGCUGCCGCUUCAACCUCAUUAGAAAAGUCAUAUGAAUUACCUGAUGGUCAAGUAAUUACAAUUGGUAACGAAAGAUUCCGUUGUCCAGAAGCAUUGUUCCAGCCUUCAUUCUUGGGCAUGGAAUCUUGUGGCAUUCAUGAAACUGUGUAUAAUUCAAUCAUGAAGUGCGACGUUGAUAUCCGUAAGGAUUUGUAUGCCAACUCUGUUCUAUCUGGUGGUACUACUAUGUAUCCUGGUAUUGCCGAUCGUAUGCAAAAGGAAAUUACCGCCUUAGCCCCAUCAACAAUUAAAAUUAAGAUUAUUGCUCCACCAGAAAGAAAGUACUCCGUAUGGAUUGGUGGUUCCAUCUUGGCAUCUCUAUCUACUUUCCAACAGAUGUGGAUUUCAAAACAAGAAUACGAUGAAUCAGGUCCAGGAAUUGUUCACCGAAAAUGCUUCUAAAUUCUUUAUGAUAGCAUUAUGUUGUAACGAAAAGACAUUUUUCUGCCUAGCAUGGAACGUGUCGCCAACAUCUAAAUAUUUCUUAUCAUAAUUAUAAAAACAUUAUAUAACACACUAGCCCAAAAUAAUUAAAGGAAAAGAACAAAAUUGUGAAUUUCUUAAUGAUUUUUAGAUAGACUUUUUUUCACUGGAAAAUAAUCACAUUGAGCUUAAAUAAAAACAUUUUAAUUUUGA